UUUAUGUAAACCUGGCCGUCGUUCCAGACGUGCCCUCUGCCACAGUGAAUACUCUCUUUUCUCGCUUCUGAGCUCCCACCAGAAACAAGAAGAAGAAGAAGAUGAAAAAGAAAGCUACGCAGUUUCAACUAAACCCCAACUGGGCUCAAUUCCAAGAAGCGCUCAAGAGCCAGCCAAAGCCUUCCAGACCCUUCAACAACUCUGACUCUAAAACCCCAAAAACCAUCUUAGGGAAACGGAAAGAGAGAGUGGAUGAUUCUCCGUCUCUUUUGAAUGUUCUAGAACCUGUUAAUGAUGAUUGCAGUGUGACAGAUGAAAUAGCCAUGGAUUGUGAAAUGGUCGGUGUCGGUCUAGGAAAUAAAAGUGCCCUUGGACGAGUUACACUGAUAAAUAAAUGGGGGAACGUUAUAUAUGACGAGUUUGUUCGCCCAGUAGAACGUGUUGUUGAUUUCCGAACUCAAAUAAGUGGCAUUCGUUCCUGGGACUUGCGAAAAGCAAAGGAUUUUCGGAUAGUUCAGAAAAGAGUGGCAGAGCUGAUUAAAGGACGAAUUCUUGUGGGUCAUGCAUUACGCAAUGAUCUGAAGGUGUUACUUCUGAGUCACCCCAAGGAAGACUUGAGAGAUACUUCAGUAUAUCAACCCUUUAAGAGGGACGAAGGAUCUGUAAGGGCGCUCCGGCAUCUUGCAGCUGAGUUUCUUGGUGUUGAAAUCCAAAAUGGGGAGCACUGCCCUGUAGAAGAUGCCCGUGCUGCGAUGCUGCUUUAUCAGAAAAACAGACAAGUAUGGGAAAAGAACGUUAAACUUCAACUUAGGCUUAAAGAGAAGCAGAAGAAACGCGGCAAGGGGAAAAAGAAGCGGAAGGAGGGGGAUGAUGUGAAAACUGAUCAUGCCGAGCAUUAACAGAAAGUGGUCAUAGAUAUGAAGCUCAAUUCCCAUUACCAGACAGUACUACACAAUGUCCUAGUUUAUUGUUAUUCUUUUAAUUGCUCAAAAUGUUUCUUCUUUUUCUCCAUGUAUUUUGUCUGUUGUCCGUUGAACUGUUAGGACAAAUCUUUGUAUCAAACAAGACAGAGAAUUGUAAGGUGACUGCUGGUGUGUACCAAUACAAAAUUUUGUCCCUCUAA